CGGUUGACCUCCGCCCAAAGUGGGGUUUGUUUAUUUCGCUGUAAGGCCCGGUAGUAACGGGGAGGCUGUGAAGAUGGAGCUAACUCGGUCUCUCUGGGUGUCACUGGUUCUCGUUUUACUAUGCAUUGAACAUUGCGAUGGGAAAAAGAAAAAGAAACAGCUCGGUUCGAAAGGCAGUCGGAGAGAAAACGUGGACAUCCAUGCACCGUACAGCGGUCAGCGAGUAAGAUUAGGGGGUACGUCCCGGACAGUGAACGCUGGCUUGGUGGAAGUGUUCCGUGGAGGUACGUGGGGUGUCGUCUGUAACGAUGACUGGGACCUUAGCGACGCAAAAGUGGUUUGUCAGCAACUCGGAUUCAAGGGGGGUGCUCUGGCAGCUUUGGAAGAAACAGCGUAUGGAACGGCAGGAUGGACAGAUGAUGACAUUCUGAUGAACAACAUAAACUGUAUGGGCUAUGAAAGCAGGGUGCAGGAGUGUCAGUAUGGCGCCAUCAACUUCUGUCCGGUAACAGAGGCAGCGUCGGUCAUGUGUAAAAAUAACACAGGAUGUGAAGAUGGCUGGAUUGCAGGUCCAGACUCGUGUUAUCAGUUCAACAGUCCGAAUAAGCCUGUAAAAUCUGUGAAACAGGUGUUGAGCAAGUGCGCCCGGACAGGUGGUCAUCUGGUCAACAUUGAGACAGAGAAAGAGAACCACUUCCUGUCCAAUACACUACAGCUACUGUAUCCAGAUUCAGAUGUGUGGCUAAUUGGAGGUAAGAUACACAGAGGAAAAUGGUACUGGGAGAAACACGUCACCAGAACAUCACCAGGAACGAAAAAACCAAAAGUGCCAAAAAAAACUAAAACGCCAAAGAAACCAAAGAAACCAAAGAAACCAGGAAAUAGAGGAAACCCCGGGGGACCACAGACAACUACCACACCCAGACCAGGUAGACACCCUCGGCCCCGACCUGGACCAAAAAGACGGCCAGAGACUGACCCUCGCCGCCAUAACAGACACACACAAAGAGGGAAGAAACCUAAAAAUAGAUCAAAGAGAGCUCCCAAAAAGAAGAAGAAGCAAGGUGGUUUGAAAAUGGAAAGGAGUCCGAUGGUGUUUAAGAAAUGGUAUCCAGGCUGGGUGCCCACACUGGAGGGGAAGGAGCCGUCCCGUGGUAGGAAAGAGUACUGUAUGGUACUGAACAACCUGUAUGACCGCCCCGAUGUCUCAGUAAAACAGCUUCUGGACUACUACUACUGGGACAAUGUACAGUGUAAGAGGAGGACUGGCUUUAAUUACAUCUGUGAGAAACCCAAGAGUGUUGCUGCCCUCCGCAGUGCCAAUAUAGACUGUUAUGAAGAAAAUGGAGCAGGUUAUCGUGGAACCAUGGAUAUGACAAUCAAAGGUACUCGUUGUCUGAAUUGGACUGAUUCUCAACACAUCAACCCUGAGACUCACCCUGACAAGGGACUUGGUGAUCACAACUUCUGCCGUAACCCUGACAACGAGGCGAGACCCUGGUGCUGGGUGAAUUUUGCUACUUUUAAAUUCGGUUAUUGUCCUCUGAUGUCCUGUACUGACCAGAUUCUUCAGGAGAACUCACCAGAUGUUGAAGAGUGCUGUGAAGGGAAUGGUGAAAACUAUCGUGGGACGGUUUCCAGGACCAUCAGAGGGUCUGAGUGUCAACGUUGGACGCAGUCUGUUCACAUAAACCCAGACACCCACCCCGACCUGGGUCUGGGUGACCACAACUUGUGUCGUAACCCUGACAAGUCUGCCAAGCCCUGGUGCUGGACCAAUGUGGGUAGGAAAGAGUUUGGAUACUGUCCAGUUCCACUUUGUGCUGAUGUCCAGACUGACCAGGUCAACUCUACCACUGAACAACCAGUUCUGUCAGAGUGUCCAGAGGGGACUUUCUUUUGCUUCACUGAAAGCAAGGCCAGGUGUAUACCAGAUACUUUUCAGUGUGAUGGAGAAAAUGACUGCACUGGUGGUGAGGAUGAAGAAAAUUGUGAAUACAAGGUUCCGCAGUUUGAAAAGUAUGCAGAUACUAUUUUGAAUGCUACUAGAUUGGAAGAUUACUUACAUAUUCCUAUAGAAAAGUGUGCCAUGAAGUGUCUGGAGACAAGAGAGUUCGUGUGUCGUUCCUUCAGCUAUAACAGAGAGAUGCGGUCAUGCUUCCUCACUGACGUCAACACACAUGUCGCCAUAGACACUGACGUAGAACCAUCCACUGAAUACGACUUCUAUGAAUUAUCAUCACAAACAGCUGACUGCUACAACAUGUUUCUGUGCGGUAAUGGACGUUGUAUUGACAACCAACUCCUGUGUAACAGUGUAGACGAUUGUGGGGAUUUUAGUGAUGAAAACAAUGGGAACUGUGAACAGACUACGCCUGACAGUGGGGCCGGUGGUGGUGGGGCGGGGCAGCCACUGGAGGUGAGGAUGGUAGAUGGAGACAAGGAACACUCCGGUCGGGUGGAGAUCCGCUACAAGGGAGAGUGGGGUGUGAUCUGUGAUGACAAGUGGGACAUCAACGAUGCCAGGGUUAUCUGUCGGAUGCUGGGGUAUAAUGAUGCUAAUAGGGCCAUCCACAUGUCAGAGUUUGGGUCAGGCAAUGGAAAUUUCCUGUUGGAUGAUGUUGGUUGUGUUGGAAAUGAAACAACAAUUGAAGACUGUUCUAAGCCGAGGUGGAAGGAACACAACUGUAAACAUUAUGAAGUAGCAGGAGUGGAGUGCAACUCAGGAAAGGGCAUCGUUUGUGUGAGUGGGGAGUUCAGCUGUACUAAGUCAGAGAAGUGUAUUACAGCCUCCCUGGUGUGUAACGGUGAAGAUGACUGUGGAGAUCAGACUGAUGAACAGGACUGUGUUCCACAAGUAACUUUGGUUGGAGGCACUUCAGAAAGAAAUGGACGUGUUGAGGUCACCUUGAACGGAGUGGCAGGCUCAAUAUGUGAUGACCUCUGGGACGACAGUGACGCCAGUGUGGUCUGUAGAAUGCUGGGAUUUCAGUCUGGUGGUCUGGCCAAAAAGGAAACUUAUGGCGCAGGGAAGGGUGUAAUCUGGAUGGACGAUGUGGAAUGUACCGGGGAGGAGGAGUCGCUGGCUGAUUGUAGACGUAAAGCCUGGGGGACACAUAACUGCAACCAUGACGAAGAUGCAGGCGUAUUAUGUCUCCUACAGGCUCCAACAACUUCUACACCUGAAUUAACAAUACAAGUGGAGUUGGAGGAUGGUACUGACAUGGAGGGUCGCCUGGUGGCUACUGUAGGGGGGACUCGAGGAACAGUGUGUGAUGACCUAUUUGAUGACAAUGCUGCCACUGUUGUCUGUCGGAUGCUUGGAUUCCCAGUAGGAGUGAUAGUAAACUUGGACAUGUUUGGGGAGGGUACUGGCGACAUUGUAUUGGACGAUGUGAGAUGUGACGGUACAGAAAGGUCACUGUCCAACUGUACCUACAGUACUAGUCACAACUGUGCUCACUCAGAAGAUGUAGGUGUGCGCUGUACAGAGGAACACAACCUAGUUGACACAGUAUACUUGGUGGGAGGACCAGGGCCACAUUCAGGACGGGUCCAGGUCAAUUACGAUGGCAUCAACGGAACUGUAUGUGAUGACAAUUUCGGGGAGACUGAUGCCAGAGUUGUGUGCAGUAUGCUUGGGUUCAGUGGAGGGAUGGUUGUUGAUGACUACAGUCCUGGGUCUGGCCAGAUCUGGCUAGACAAUGUGAACUGUGAGGGGACAGAGAAAAGUCUGCUUGACUGUGAUAACGGGGGGUGGGGGGAACAUGACUGUAGCCAUGAAGAGGAUGUAAGUGUGGAAUGUGACCAGGAGUCAAUCACCAGUACCCGCCGCCCCACUGACCCGCCUUCCACACGCCCACCUCAGGACAUAGAUAGUAUCAUGCUGGUGAGAGGAGAAGGCCCACAUGAAGGUCGGUUACAGAUUCUCCAUAACAACGUCUAUGGUACUGUGUGUGAUGAUGGAUUUGAAGAUGUUGAAGCAGGAGUCCUCUGUAGGAUGUUAGGAUACAGGGAUGGUUAUGUUGUGGCCACAGAGUAUUUUGGUCCUGGUGUAGGUGAGAUCUGGUUAGAUGACUUGGAUUGUGACGGCACAGAGUCCAGUAUAUUUGACUGUGGUGGUGUUGAGUGGGGAGUCCAUAACUGCAACCAUGGUGAAGAUGUCGGUGUAAAAUGUUUGCAACAUCUUACUACCACCACUGAAAUAGUAGACACGAUGAGCCUGGUUGGAGGGACAGGUCCCUAUGAAGGCACGGUUGUCGUCCACCAUGGUGGUGUAGCAGGAACCGUGUGUGAUGAUGGAUUUGAUGCAGUAGAAGCAGGGAUAAUAUGUAGAAUGCUGGGAUUUAGAGAUGGAACUCCUGUUGACCAGGGCACAUUUAACCGUGGUGACGGUGAGAUCUGGCUUGAUAACUUAGAAUGUACGGGAGAGGAGAACACACUGUGGGAGUGUGCACACAACGGCUGGGGGGUACACAACUGUAACCAUGGUGAGGAUGUUGGGAUCACAUGCACCAAUGAAGUACCAGUGUCCACCACACCAAAACCAGACAUUGUGAGACUGGUGGGAGGAACUGGACCACAUGAGGGGCGCAUCCUGAUAGAGCACACUGGUAUCAACGGGACAGUUUGUGACGACUCUUUCGAAAACGGAGAUGCACAAGUCGUGUGUAGAACUCUGGGAUACAUAAAUGGAAUGAAAAUGGAUACUGCCAGUUAUGGACAAGGGGAGGGUCAGAUUUGGCUGGAUGAUGUGGCUUGUACGGGGGAGGAGACUACUCUGUGGGAUUGUCCCGAGCUAAACUGGGGCACACACAACUGUAACCAUGGUGAGGAUGUCGGGGUGAUGUGCACCAUGGAAGAGAAUCUACCAUCAAGUACCACCACAACAGCCAUACCAUUUACAGUUGAGCUUGUGAAUGGACCAAAUCCUUCUGAGGGUCGUGUAGAGGUCAUACGGUCAGGGUCAAGGGGGACAAUCUGUGAUGAUCUCUGGGGUCCUGAAGAUGCAAGAGUUGUCUGCAGGAUGUUAGGAUAUGUAGAUGGGCGAGCCAAGGGUCAAGCUGCUUAUGGCCCUGGCAGUGACCAGAUCUUACUGGAUGAUGUGGACUGUACAGGGGAGGAGACUAGUCUGUUGGAGUGUACCCAUAGCGUGUGGGGCACACACAACUGUGACCACUCGGAGGAUGCAGGUGCUGUAUGCCUUACAGAACCCUUCAUGGAAGCAACAUCCAGCGAUAUUCAGCUUGACCUUCUGGGUGGGGCCAUUCCAAAUGAAGGAGUUGUCCGAUUGGUCAGUAACAGUGUUGAGGGUGGCCUGUGUAACCAUGAGUCGCGCUACAAUGACGAGCAGGCUACACUUGUGUGUAAAACUUUAGGCUUCAGGACCGGAGUGUUGAUGGACAAUACCCUGACGUCCAGCCUGACAAAAGCCUGGCCCUACACAGUAUCUUGUCCCCCGACCAGCACUGUACUUGCCAAUUGCACCCUGGAGGAGAACCUAGAUGCUGAUAACUGUCCACCCUCCAGCUUUCUGGCUGUGUCAUGUAAUUCUGUCAUUGACCCGUCCGAAGCACAUCACACCGAGGUUGUAUGUGUUGAUGACACUGUGACACUACGGUGUGCUGGUGGACUGGAGGUAGUGGAUGCCACCUACGGACGAAGAGAUCGACAGACCUGUUCCAGUGAGGCCAUGCGAAGUACCAGCUGUAGAGUGGCUGGGGUACGGGACAUCAUCAUGUCCGCCUGCAAUGGCCAACGUCAGUGUGUCAUUCAGGAUAUACGGGGGUUGUUCUCAAAUUUAUCAGACCCCUGUGAAGGCACAGAGAAGUACUUGACAGUCCAGUACAACUGUGCUGUGGAUGUCCAGUUGGUGGAUGGAAACAUUCCAAGUGAAGGUCGUGUUGAGAUUAUAUUUAAUGGACAACGAGGGACAGUCUGUGAUGACCAAUGGCAGGAGGAGGAUGCCAAUGUCGUCUGCAGAAUGCUGGGUUAUGACGGAGGUGGCAUAGCUGUAGGAGAGGCGUACUUCGGGAGGGGUUCUACGGAUAUCCCUAUCCUCAUGGAUGAAGUGCAGUGUGUUGGCACAGAGACUAAUAUCUGGAGCUGUCCACGUGCUAAUGGUAACGACUGUGGUCACCAUGAAGAUGCAGGUGUACGUUGUAUCAUACCAACCGAACCAAUCCCAGGAGGAGGUGGAGGAGAUGACGAUGGUGGAGAUACAGAUGAUGGUUACAUCUUCCCAGGUUGUGGAAAGCGACCGUUAGAAGCCAUCAUAAAUGCUCGCAAGAAAAGACAAACAGGUGAAGGUAACACAGAGAGAGUUUUAGGGGAGCCUCCACGUGUUGAGAAGAUAAUGGGUGGAAAUACAGCGGACUACGGCAUGUUUCCAUGGCAGGUGGGAGUGAGGCAUAUCGACUUCAUAGACAGCUGGGACAACAGAAAGUAUCAUAGACAUUGGUGCGGAGCAACCAUUGUCAGUGAGUACUGGAUCGUCAGUGCUGCACACUGCUUUGAUGGUAAAACCAAGUCCAAAUUCAUUAUGAGGGUAGGUGAUCUCAACAACAAGUUUCUCGAUGACCAUGAGGAAGAAUUUGAAUUGGAAACUUUGCUCAUGCAUGAAUCUUACGAUGAUGUAACAUACAACAAUGACAUUGCUCUUCUGAAGAUAAAGCAGAAAAAUGGCCAUGGAAUUGUGUUUAAUGAUUACAUACAGCCUGCGUGUCUUCCUACAAGUAAUACAGCGUAUACAACUGGCAAGAGCUGUCACAUCUCAGGCUGGGGCAAAACUGAGUUAGGUUCACCUCACAUGCUGAAACAGGCUGUGGUUCCUCUGAUCAGUCAUUCUCAGUGCCAGGGUCUGUAUAGUAAAUCCCAGAUCACCGAUGUUAUGUUGUGUGCUGGCCUGGUUGCUGGAGGCAUUGACACCUGCCAGGGAGACAGUGGAGGACCACUCGUGUGUGAGGAAACCAAAGGAGUCUACACGCUGUAUGGAGCCACAUCGUGGGGAGCGGGAUGUGGACAGGCCAAUGCCCCUGGUGUAUACUCUCAUGUCAGAAACUUUUUACCAUGGAUACGGGAUAAACUCAAAACACACAGCUAACAUCUUAACACCGUCUGUCCAUUGGAGAAUGCUUAUCUCAUAAAGUUGGGGAUUGUUUGAAAUUGUUGUUUAACUGCAUAUGUUCAUACGUUGCAUGGAUCAAAGUGUCGCUAUAUUGUUCAUCAAGAUAUUGUAUGUUGAUGGUACAUAUCUCAAAUAAUGAUUUAAAUGACAGUUCUAUAUCUGGGGAUGGGAGUGAGACGUCAAAACAGAGUAACGUAAUUACAGGGACAACAGUGCCGAUGAAAUGUUAACGAAUUAAAAAUUGCAUAUAUAUGACAUACACUUUAUUUGAACCAAUUUAAUGUUGAAUCUGCCUGGGGGUCCAUAUCCUUGUGAAUUGAUCUAACAAACAGGAAACAAUGCUGUAAUACAGGUUAUAACAGAAGAUGUUUUGAAAUAAUGUGGACACGUAAGGACCAUAAUCAUAUAUUUCUAAAGAUUAUUUUUCCACAACAGGCUCGAAAAUGAUCAUUAUUCUAGGGAACAGUGCACAUAAAGCUUUUCUGUCGACAGAACUCUCUCAAUUGUUACAAAGGUGGGGUUCUUGCCAUGUUAAAAUUCCCAUAGACCCUGUCUUCGCACAGAUUUUCAUGAAACUUUAAAAGUACUUUAGUCAUACCAUGGCUGAACAGAAACGAUAAGUUUUAUUCAAAAUCAUGCAAAAAGAUAAGGCACACAGGGCCUGACAUGCAUUUUGUCAAAUGAAUGCAUGUUACUUCCUUUCUUGUACAGUGUAAAAUGUGAUAUAUCCUGUGACUGAGGGAAUGUGAAUGUAUAAUUGAUAUAAUUUUCCCACAUUGGAGAUAUUGACACAGGUAACACUUUUAAAUUUCAGACUGAGUCUCUGUUUAGGGCUAGAUAUAUAAGAAUAAGGGUUUAGAUUUUGUGCCAAAUCCUCUAUCUGGGGAAUCACCUUUUUUUCUCCCAUGGAAAAAUAGGGAUUGUUUUUGUUGAAAAGAAUGCUAUGAUAUGACGUCAUUUGAUUAUAAAAAAUAUUCUUUUCAUUGUGAUGCCUCAAUACUUGCCCCUUCCAGUAAUAGACGUGUUUGUCUUCCCUUCAGUCUUUUGUGAAGGAGAGAAAAUUCCCUUACAAGGAAAACCACAGAUAAGUUUGUCAUGUGGAAUCAAUCUUUAUCCCGUUCUGGGAAAAGCGAAGAUUGUGCGGUCACAGUUUAGAUGAUGUAAUGAUGCCAAACUUGAUAAUCUGAUGACAUCACAUUAUAGAAUCUCAAAUCUGUGCAAUAAAAUGUUAAUAAAUUUCAAGUUUAAUUUGU